AUGGCGACAACCACCUACCCUUCGCCGUAUCCGGCGUAUACGGAGACAUAUCUUACGCCGGAAGGAUACAUUCAAGGGGACGGCAGCAUGAACAACAUGGCGUACUACGCUGGUGGACCGGACCCGAUGCAGCCUUGCGCGCCUUCUGUUGCUCAGCAGAUCCAACAUAGAGAUGCUAUUGAAGUUCAUCAGUUUGACCCCAUGCCCUCAUACAAUUAUGUUCCCACAACAUCUCCCCCGCUGUACGAGCCCGCCUCAGGUAGCCUGGGCAUCAAUUACCAAGACCCCAAAAUGCAGACUUUCUGCCAUGCAUUCGGCAAUGGAUUCUCCUUCUACAACACCACCACAAACAGUGCGAUGCCUCAAGGCUAUCACAUCGCCAUGCAAGGAUUCCCAGAGGCAGCUGGAGCCCGUGCAGCCAUAAAAAAAGAAAUACAAACACCACCAUCCAUGGUGCAACAACCGCAGCAAGACGCCCAACAAGGCAAAAAGAACAAAAGGAGGUCAAUAGCCUGCUGCUGA